AUGAGCAACACGCUGGCCGACAUCAAGGUGUUUUGCGGAACGAGUCACCCUGAGCUCGCGCAGCUUGUGUGCAAGCGACUGGGUCUCCCGCUGGGCAAAGCGAGUAUCUCGAAGAACGAUGCGGGCGAGUUGGUGGUCCGUAUGCACGAGUCUGUGCGUGAGCACGAUGUGUACAUUCUGAACACGUCGUGUGUGACGUACGACAAUGACGGCAACCCUGUGAGCCCCAACACGUCGCUCAUGGAGCUGCUGAUUAUGAUCAAUGCGUGCAAGUCGGCGAGUGCUCGUCGUGUCACGGCUGUGAUCCCGCACUUUUUCUAUGCGCGCCAGGACAAGAAGGACAAGAGCCGUGCGCCCAUUACGGCGCGGCUGAUUGCCAACAUGCUGGAGACGGCGGGCUGCGACCAUGUGAUUACUAUGGACCUGCAUGCAUCGCAAAUCCAGGGCUUCUUCAAUGUGCCUGUCGACAAUCUGUACUCGGAGCCUGCGGCACUGCAGUACAUGCGUGAGAUGCUUGACAUGGAUCGCAUUGUGAUUGUCUCGCCGGAUGCCGGUGGUGCGAAGCGAGCGACGGCUAUUGCGGAUCAGCUGGGUGUGGACUUUGCGCUGUUCCACAAGGAACGCAAGAAGGCGAACGAAGUCUCGCGUAUGGUGCUUGUGGGUGAUGCAAAGGACAAGGUGGCGGUGCUUGUGGACGAUAUGGCCGACACCUGUGGCACUCUUGAUCUCGCUGCGCAGCGGCUCAAGGAGAGCGGGGCGGCUCGCGUCUUUGCGAUUGUCACGCACGGUAUUCUCUCGAAGCCUGCACUGGAGCGCAUUGGCAAGAGCAGCCUGGAGAAGCUGAUUGUGACGAACACGCUGCCGCAGCUGGCGAACCGCUCCAAGUGCGAGAAGAUCGAAGAGAUCGAUAUCAGCCACAUUCUGGCCGAGACGAUUCGUCGUUCGCACUACGGCGAGAGUGUCUCUGUGCUCUUCUCUCAGAUCCCUUACGACACGAUCCAGCCGUAUCGUCAUGGCUCCGAUACGCCGAUGCAGAGCCCUCCGCGCUCUGCGACGACGACGCCUGUGCAGCAGACACCCGGCACGUUCCCUGCCUUUUCGACAUCGACCGAGCAUGGCGUCGUAGCGCCGAGCCCGCUGCGUCAAGUAUCGACGAGCGAGGAUGCAUAG